UCUGUGUGGCAGUGGCCUCAAUUGCUCCUGCUCACACUGAACUUAAUUAAACGGUAAUAAGAUGCGGUUACUGCAUCUAGCGAGCCUGUUGCUGGUGACAGCGCUGGCUGCAGGAGUGCCGGCUGAAGUCAUCGAGCUUGUUGCCCCAGCUUCACCAGUUUAUUCAUCAGCUAAGGCAGCUGCUGCACCUGCUGGCAUCUCUUCAUCAGAUGUACGACCCGGCGAUCAUUCAACGGUUGCAGCUGCUGCACCUGCUGGCAUCUCUUCAUCAGAUGUACGACCCGGCGAUCAUUUAAGAGUUGCAGCUGAGUCACCUGCUGCGGUACCAGCACCAGCAGAGGCAGGUAACGGUUCUUCCUCAACUGCAAGCGCUGCUGGAACAGCGGCUGAAGAGAAGGAAGCAAAUUUCGAGCUGACUGAAGAUGGCGAUGGAAACGAUUUCGCUGAACACGAAGAGAUCGACAUGAAGAGUCUCUUCUCGGCUCUCGUAGAGAGUGAGGAAAUUUUAAAUCAAGAUCCAGAUUUUCCUGGUGAUGAAAAUGAAGAGGGCAGCCACAGGCAAGUUCGAUCAUUUCGGGGUCGAGAGUCGCCAGCCUCAGGACAGGCUCAAGGCACUUCGGUCGUUCGAGGCGACGACGCCACGAAGCAAGGCAAGACCGAGAACAGAUCCGUGACAGACCCCGCCACCAUCGAGAAGUACAACAACUUCAUGGAUGUGCUUUUCCGAAGAAUCAAUUCCGAGCUUAGAGAAAAUGGAGAAUCAAUAGAAAUCAAAUUAUCCAGGACAGAAAAGCAGGCUAAAGGGAACAGAGGCAAAAAGCAUAAGAAAGGCAAAAAGGAUAAAAAUGAGAAAGACAAAAUAGACGGCCGAGAAAAUAAACGCCAUCCUAGGGACCUGAGUCUUGCUAUUCACGACGACGAAGAAGAAUUUGUCGAAGAAUACGAGUUUGCUCACAAAGUUGCGACGUCUCCAGGAGCCAGGGCUAAGCGACAAGCCGCAGAUAAGGCCGAGGAAGAUGGUGGUAAUUCGAAAGAUAAAACUACGGAAGAUUACCCAGAGAAGAACCCAGCCAAAGAGGACGGAACAGCUGUUAGCGCCAGCGUCCGCAGGUCAAAAGUCAUGAAAUUUAACGAAGAAGAAGAUCAUGACCUUGGAAAAUCUCGUGAAGGUCGAAGGUCGGAUGUGGAAAACGGUCCUGAGGAGGAAUCAAGGCAGAUGAAAAGAGGCAAGAAAGGAAAGAAACAAAAGAAAAACAAAAAAGAAAAGGAAAAUUUACGCAGAAAAGAGGGUAAAAACAAGAAAAACAAAAAAGGCCACAAGAACAAGCGCAACGUAACGCGAACUGGAAGUGGGGGAGGAAGAGGCGGAGGCAAGCGUGGAAAUGGAAACAGGAGAAAUAAAAAGAACAAGAAAAACAAGAAAAAACAAGACGGGCGCGCUAACUCGACGUACGCGCCGUCGUUUGUUGACGAGGAUGCCGACCAAUCUCCCGACAUCGUCUCCGACCAAGACAACACUCAAGUGGACGGAGGUAAGAAGCACAAAAAGAAAGGCCAGAAAGGCAAAAAAGGCAAAAAGGGCAAAAAGAACAAGAAGGGCAAGAAGCCCGGACAGCCCGAGACCAAGGCGUCAGUGAGCGGCUUCAGCUCCCUCCUGAGGAAGGGGGCCGUUGAAGUGUCGCAGUCUUCAUCCACGCAGCGAAUCACCAGCGACUUCACGCUGGGACCUGUCACAGUCGACCUCGCCAGAGAGUUCAACGAUGGAGAAGUUCGCAAGGCGAAAUCCACAGCAACCACCCUCAACGGUACCAUAGUUAUCGAAGUCAACAAAAAUGGCCAAGCAAAAGUGGCCAGACUAAAAAUUUCCCCGCCUUCCGAUAUCAAGACCACGGGAAGCCUGAAGCCUUCAAGUAAGAACAAUUCGAGCAGCAAGCCCGAAAAGAUUCUGAAGACUUCUGUUAAGAAAGUUUCUCCGCAGAUCAGGCAGCUGAUCGAGGAAGCAGCUGGGACCGUGCUCGACUCCACAAGCCGAGCCGUCAAGCACUAAACGAAAAUUCAACACAUCGAAAGUUCUUAAUUUAUUCAUGAUAGAUUACAGGCAUUAGAAGAAAAAAUGUUGUGUGUCAGUUAGCAUUAUACCAAAAAUAGAAUCAAGUGAGCCGUCCACUUUAUUUGUCCAAAAAUAACUGGGAACACAGAAAUAUUAUUUCAGUGCACUUUUGAAUCGCAGAAUCAUAAAUGAAUUAUUUCAGAAUAAUGAAUAAUUACUAAUUCUAUCUUGUAGUUCAAUCAUUAUGCGAAAAAUUAAAAAUUGUUUGUGAAUUAAAUGUAGAAAUUUCUUGCUAUUGGGCUACUGCAUUGAAUUUUACGGUUCAUUAUUUAAUUCACUUCUAGAUAAAUGUGGCAAUAUGGCAUUAAAUGAGCUAAGAAAAAUUUACGCAAUUUAUACAGGAUGUGGUUUGUGUGCGUUUGUUGUAGAUGCCAAUGCAUUGUUCUUAAUGCAUUUGUGUGUUGUUUUGAAGGUUCCAUCCUGAUUUUAAAAUAUUAGUUUUAAUUAAUUUAGUUUUAAAUUAGCUUUCAUUCUCGUUCAUGAGGUACUGAUUUCAAUGACUAUAAUUAUUUCUCCAAUCUUCCUAUUUAUUAACAUUUUCUCAUAAAAAUUUUGCGCAAUU